AUGCUAGAUGACCCCGCGGCACUCUACAUCCCGGCACGAAGCGUCAUCCGGGACGUCGGAUCUGCUCGCGCCUUGGCCCUUGCCAGACAGCACAUCGACAGGUGUGUUGACACACACGUGCACUGCAAAAGCGCGGCAGAGUCUCCUAGCCCUCGCCUUCCCACACGACUGGUGGAUUGCACCGAUCUCGCUCGGCCGCGGCUGGUCUCAACAACUGGAGGAUGCGGGGAGUUCCUCGCGCUGAGCUAUGUGUGGGGUGAAGACCAAGUCCACAAGACCACGAGCGCGAACAUAUCCACGUACACACAAUGUAUCCCCCCGGACCGUCUUCCCCCGACCAUUCGCGACGCAAUCUACGUCACACACAUGCUGGGGUUCCGCUGGCUCUGGGUUGAUAGCCUCUGCAUCAUCCAAGACUCUGACGACGACAAGCUGCACGAGAUCGGUCAUAUGCACCACAUCUACCGUUAUGCGCACCUGACAAUCAUCGCCGCCAGUGCGAAGGGAGUCAGCGAGGGCUUUCUGCAGGAGCGACCUCCCUCUCACGUCCCUGGUCUUGACCGCACCGGCUCGGCCGCACAAUCUCGGGUCGACACCAUGUACGCCGUAUCAUCGUCUUCCGAACUCUGCCACGGGUGGUACAAAUACGAGUUCGGGCACAUGGCCACCCGUGCCUGGUGCAUGCAAGAGUACCUGUUGUCGCCACGCGCCCUCAUCUUCACUCCCACGACAGUCAUGUUCAGGUGCAUCUCCGCCACACAAGCUGUUGGCAACUCGCUCUACCACUGGGUAUCAGACAGAGAACCUCGGAUACCGAAAUCACUCUUCCUACCGCACACGGCGACAGCAGCGCCUACUCCAGAGAAGUGGAGGGACAUCCAUAAUGCCUGGACCGAGGUCGUCGAGGACUACACGCGCCGCACAGCUAGCGUCGAGUCGGACAAGCUGGUCGCGUGCGCUGCCGUUGCGGAGCAAUUCCACCGUGCCCUGGGAUCCGACUACCUGGCGGGGUUGUGGCGCUCCGACGCGCUCCUCGCUCACCUGCUAUGGAGCGUUGACUUACAGAACACAGACCGACUUAGAUAUCCACAUACUCGCCCAGCAGCCUACCGCGCGCCGUCAUGGUCAUGGGCGGCAAUCGAAGGAUUAACCAGCCAUCGUUAUCCACGAGAUCUGAGCCUUCGAGAUCCCCAAACCGUUGCGCUCGCGGAGGUCGCUGAGUGCUCGGUCACGCUCGAAGAUCCUGCGCUCUCUUUUGGGCGAGUGACAGACGGAGUCCUUGUCUUGCGCGGAACACUG